AGCAGCAUAAACCCGGGUUGAAGAAAAACGCUUCUGGAAAGAUACACGAACAGUUUCCAAAACAAAUAAUAAAGACAACCAACUCAAGUCAUGUCUGUCAACUAUGCUGCCGGGCUGUCUCCUUACGCAGAUAAAGGUGUCUGCGGUCUGCCUGAGAGUUUUGAUUCACCCGAGGAGCUGAAAGCAAAGGUGGAAACACUCGCUCAGCUGAUUAAAGAAUCUCAGUACCUGGUUGUCCAUUCUGGAGCUGGAAUUAGCACCUCAGCAGGCAUCCCUGACUUCAGGGGACCCAAGGGUGUGUGGACUUUAGAGGAAAAGGGUGAGUCACCUCACUUUGAGACCACCUUUGAAGAUGCCCGCCCCAGUUUAACUCACAUGGCCCUCCUGGGACUGCAGCGGGCCGGAUACCUCAAGUACCUCAUCAGCCAGAAUGUAGAUGGUCUGCACGUUCGAUCAGGCUUCCCCAGGGAUAAAAUAUCGGAGCUUCAUGGAAACAUGUUUGUGGAGGAGUGUGAGAAGUGCGGCAGGCAGUAUGUCAGGGAAAAGGUGAUAAGUGUGAUGGGUCUGAAACCGACGGGGCGUUAUUGUGAAGUGGUGCGAUCCAGAGGGCUGAGGGCCUGCAGAGGAAAGCUGAUCAGCACCAUACUUGACUGGGAGGACGCGCUGCCAGACAGAGAUCUGAACAGAGCAGAUGAUGCAAGCAGAAAAGCAGACCUGGCACUGACUCUGGGCACGUCCAUGCAGAUCAAACCCAGUGGGGACCUCCCACUCCUCACAAAGCGCAAAGGAGGGAAGGUGGUAAUAGUCAACCUGCAGCCUACUAAACAUGACAAACAUGCCCACCUGCGCAUCAAUGGCUACGUGGACGAGGUCAUGAAACCGUUGAUGGAGCUCCUGGGUGUAGAAAUCCCAAAAUGGGAGGGGCCAACRGUCUGUGAGAGCUCCACAGACCUGUCCGAGUCUACCACGGACAUCAAACCGCCCCGCAGCAACAUUCCUGCAAAGCAAAAGGUGAAAAGGGAAGACAUUAAGGAGGAGAGGAAACGAGAAGCAACAGAGGCUGAGACCAUCAAGGAGGAGACGGUUUCUAUAAAGAGGGAGMGAGCUGACUCGUCACAGGAGACGAGUGCAGAUAAAUAACCUCAGGUACUUUGUUCUCAUGCCAAGUUAACAACAUCAACCCGUCCAGAAAGAAAGCGCACACCUGAAGGUGAUGAGUUUGAUGAUCGAGGACAGAGGUGGUUCUCGUGYCGCCUGGAGCAGAGACUCCUCUGAUUUAGUUUGAUUGGCGCUCCCUUCGCAGCUGURACGAGCGGUGAUGUGAGACGGACUCAGACGAAGACUCACAAAUUGGCUGCUUGUUUGGAAAUCUUGUGUUUCCUAUUAAGAACACUUGUAAAUCCACAAAUAAUGAUGUAAAUGAAGGUUUGUUUUCCGGGGUGUUUACCAUGACAGGCAAGCCAGAUGAGAUCUGGAGCACAUGGUUAUCAUUAAAGUCGUUAAUAAGGUGUGAAAGAUUGCUGCACCUUAUUAAUAUUUAUAGCUUGUGCUCCAGAUCUGGUCCCUGCAGAUCUCGCCUUUUAAGUCUCCUUGGUUUGAUACAUUAUAAAAAGGAAUAUCAAGCCAGUUUCUGCAUGUCAGACAGACUUGUAGCCACAGUGCGUACAGCGAGUCUGAAGGAUUUUAGGUCAUGUUAGCUUUUUAACCGUAAGGGAAUCAUAGUCCUGCUGUGUGUUUCUAGGAACAGAAUUUUGUAGCGUGAGUGGGAAAAAAAAAUUUCUUCAUGACAAAAAGUUGUUUUUACUUUAUAUGUUGUAAAUGUUAGCACAUGUUUUGGUAAUAAACACUAAGGUUUUAUGA